UCUUUUUUUAAAAAAAAAAUAUUUGCGUCACCCUACUUAUCUAAUCUAAUUUCAGAUGUUACGGUAAUCUAUUUUGAUUUCGAUUUUAUUAUAUAUGCCGAAUGAAAAGUGCACAAAGGAUGCGGGAUUAAGAGUGCAAAAUCCAGAGCAGUAAUUUGUUUAGCUAUGGGUUUAAUGGAAAGUUUUCUGGAUGUUUAUGUUUCAACUGCAGUCUUUGGAGUUCUCUUCCUUUAUUUACUUUAUCGGUUUUCCGUACGGAAUCAUAACUUAUGGAAAGAGAAAAAUGUACCUUACAUAAAACCUUUACCAUUUGUUGGAAAUUUACUGCCUAUUCUCCGAACUUGCCUGGAAGAAUUAGAUGUUGAGCGGUACAAAAAGUAUGGCAGAAUUUAUGGAUAUUACGAUGCAAAUACACCAGCCUUAAUGGUAUCUGAUCCAGAACUUGUGAAAGAUCUUUACGUGAAAGAUUUUACUUCAUUCAUAGACCAUUCAGAAUUCGAAACAGGAGAAGAUAUGAUCGCCAAAAUGUUGAUAGUUAUAGGAGGGGACGAUUGGAAACGAAUUCGAAUGAUUCUUUCUCCAACAUUUUCCACUGGCAAACUCAAAAGGGUUCUGGGUAUCUUUGAGGAUUGUGCCAAAACACUGACUCAAAGUUUUGGGAAGUUUGCAGACUCAAAAAAACCUUGUGAUGUCUACAAAAUGUAUAGCUCGUUUACAGUGGAUGUAAUUGCAAGUUCUGCCUUUUCUACAAAGAUUGAUUCCCGCAACGAUCCCAACAAUCCAUUUGUUAGACAUGUGAAAAGAAUAUUCGAUCAGGAUCCUGGGUUCAGGUCAAUACUUUUUUUUGCUGUUCCCUCCCUCAUGAGGAAACUAGGCGUUGAACUCUUUCCACAAGACUCAUUGCAAUUUUUCAACAACACAAUUCUCGAAAUAAUCAAGCAAAGGAAGCAGACAGGACAGGCAAGAAAUGAUUUUCUGCAAUUAUUGCUGGAGUGUGCAAAUGAGAUUCCAAAAGAAGAUUUAAAAGAAAACAGUUCAGAAGAUAUGACUCAAAAUUAUGGUUCAGAAUCUACUGAUCGCGCAUUUUUCAAAAAUGUAUCAAAUAAAAGCCUGACGAUGGAUGAGCUUGUAGCUCAGUGUGUCCUAUUCUUUAUUGCUGGAUAUCAGACCACAACAUUGCUGCUUGGAUACACAACGUAUAAUUUAGCUCUGAAUCAAGAUAUUCAAGAAAAACUCUUCGAGGAAAUUAAGGAAGUGCUAAGAGAAACUAAUGGCAAAUUAACCUACGAAGCAAUUCAAAAUAUGAAGUAUUUAGACAAUGUCAUGUCCGAAGCUCUUAGACUUCAUCCACCUGUUAUAAGGAUGGAAAGAAUGUCUGUUGUAGAUAAUUACACAUUAAAAGGUACAGGAAUCACUAUUCCUAAGGGGACGACAGUGUCCACUCCAAUAUAUGCUAUACACAGGGAUCCAGAAUUUUUUCCUGAUCCUGAAAAAUUUGAUCCUGAAAGGUUCAACUCAGAAAAUAAAGGAAAAAUUGUUCCGUAUACCUAUCUACCUUUUGGUGCAGGUCCUAGGAACUGUAUUGGAAUGCGAUUUGCCCUUUUGGAGUCCAAAAUUUGCCUUGCCAAUGUCUUUAGCACUUUCCAGGUUCAAACUUGUUCGGAAACACAGAUACCCUUAGAACAUGACAGGGGAGGACUAGGCUUUCUUCGGCCGAAGGAAAUAACCCUUCGAUUCGUACAGAGAGAUAAUUGUCCUUUAAAAUGUUCAUAGAGGAAAUAUCAAGCACACAUUUGUGUCAUUACAAACAUUUUUAUGCGUGUGCGUGAUUUAUAUGCUUGAAUAUAAGAAGGAAGACGUACAUAUUAUCAAUUACAUUUGUAAUGCUAUUUUAAAUCCUCAUUUUAUAAUUCAUUUUGAAUAAGAUUUCGUUAAAUAAACAAUUUUUGUGUUUAAA